AUGAAUAUGGAAAAAGCAAUUAAACAACGCCGUGUAAAAGUGUAUCAAUUAAGUAGGGAGAGCGAAUGGUUAGACAAGGGUACUGGUUUUUGCUCUUGUUUAUGUAAUGAGGCAAAAGACGAUGCCUGUAUCAUUGUACGUUCGGAAGAGGAUUCGGCAGUUUUAUUAUUAAAUUCUCGUAUAGUUAAGGAUCAUGAAUAUCAAAAGCAACAAGAAACAUUAGUAGUAUGGACUGAACCCAAUGGAAUGGAUUUAGCAUUAAGUUUUCAAGAACCUGAAGGAUGUACAGAAAUAUGGAAUUUUAUAACGGAUGUUAAAAAACAUAUGGAUGGAGAUGAUAAAUCAAGUCCUUUACUUGAUUCAGAAAUGUUAAAUAUGGUUAUAAAGUUACCGGAACCAACUUUGGAUAAUCUUCCAGAAAUUGAGGCAAUAGUUAAAAGUGCAAGUCGUUCUAUUUAUGAAAGAGAAAAGUUGGCAGCAUUUGUUACUCAGGGUUAUAUUGCUAAAUUAUUACCAUUGUUUUCUACAUGCGAAGAUCUUGAUGCUCGAAAAGAUCUACACAGAUUAUGCAAUAUAAUGAAAGGAAUAAAUGAUCCGGAAUUUCCAAAUUUCAAGGCUAAUCAUCGUGAAUAUUUGGCUGAUAAUUCAAAAUUCAAAGAAAUCGUCAAAAUAAAAGAUACGUCAAUAGAAGCAAAAAUACACGAAACUUUUCGUCUUCAAUAUCUCAAGGACGUAGUCUUUGCACGUGUAUUUGAUGAUCCGACGAGUUCUAUUAUCACUUCACUCAUUUUUUUUAAUCAUACGGAUAUAUGUCAACAUAUUUCUCAAGAUGACGAAUUUUUAACAGAAUUAUUUAACAUUCUUAAUAAUGAAUCUGAAGAUUCAAUCAAUAAACAAAAUGUUGUCAUGUUUGUACAACAACUUUGUUCCAUUGCAAAGGGUAUUCAUUAUCCUCAUAAAAGAGAAUUAUAUAGACAUGGAUUAUUUCAGAUUUUUGAUCAUUCUUUGAUGGAUGAAGAUGUAUCAAUAAGAACAGCAGCUGGUGAAAUAUUAGCUUCUAUCUUGGAUACUGAAGCAAGUAUUAUUCGUUCUCAUAUUAUCAAACAAUCCGAAGAAAAUAAGAAAACAUUGGCCGAAACUAUUAUAGAGAGAUUCAUUCAAGAUGAAGAUACAGGAGUAAAAGUACAAUAUUCCGAAGCACUUCGUCUUUUAUUAGAUAUGAAUGCAGGAUUAUCAGAAAUGGGAUUAAUUGUACCACCCGAGUCUUUACCGUUACUUCCCAAACAAGAUGAUGAUAUCGAUAAUUUUUUGAAUUUAUUUUAUGAAAAAAUUAUAAAUUUAAUGGUUGCACCGAUAAUGGAUUUACAAGAAUUGGAAAAUGAUGAUGCUGCAUUGAGAUGCCUCCGUGCUUGUAUAGGAAUGAAAGAAGAUUUCUAUAAUAGACAUUUCGUACGAAAUAAUCUUUUCGAUCCUAUAAUACGUUUGCUUAUAGAAACUGAAGGAAAAAACAAUUUAUUAAAUUCAUCAUGCCUUGAACUUUUUGAAUUCAUACGAAGGGAAAAUAUCAAAAUUUUAAUAAACAACAUUAUAGAAAAGUCAGGUGAACAAUUGACACAAAUAAAUUAUGUUGAAACGUUUCAUCUACUUCAACGACGUUAUGAACAAAAUAAAGAAAUCCUUAUUGGAUCAGAUAAAUCACCAGGAGAGACUAAUCAAAGUCAAAGUAACAGUUAUCCAACAGGUCACGAAGGUUGGUCAUCAGCCACAGUAGAUGAAGAGGAAGAAGUUUACUUUAACACAUCAGAUGACGAAGAUAACAAUAAUAACAAUGUUAUAACUGAAGAGAAUUCAUCAAAAUCAAUUGGAGAGUUAAAGAAAUUAGAAAAUGAUUCAAUAGAUGAAUAUAGAUUAGAAAAUAUAAAACUAAAUGAUAAAAAAGUGUUGGGUUUAGUCGAUUAUCCUGAUGAUGAUGAUAACAACGAAAAUACUUCACAAAAUUUAACAAAAGAUAAUAAUACAUCUCAAUCUUCAAAUGGGACUUCCUCAAAAAAAGGAGGUCUAAAGAUUUUGAGAACUUCUCAAACUUUGAAACCCAAAUUAAAGAAGACACUGGAAGGAAAAAAUGGUUAUACUUGA